AUGGAAAAAAUAAUAAAAUUCACAUUCGUACCUAUAAACGAUGUUUUUACCCAAGAUGUAAAAAAUAAUUCGGAUCCAAACAGGUAUUCGAAUCCGGAAAUUGAAGUACAUCCAUCAAAAUGCGUUCUCCCGAAUAAAUUCAAGGAAAGUUUUGAAAAAAUUUAUAAUUUUCAAGUUUUUCCAGAUGAUGUUUGGAUAAUUACGUAUCCAAAAUCAGGUACAACAUGGUCGCAAGAAAUGAUAUGGUUAUUAGUAAAUAAUUUAGAUUACAAAACCGCCAAAACAGUUCACCUAAGAGAAAGGUGUCCGUUUCUCGAAAGUGAUGGAAAAGAAAAUGGCACACCUAAAACAAUAGAAAUAUCAGCCAAUCUUAAAAGGCCCAGGUGCAUUAAAAGUCAUCUACCUGUCGAAUUACUUCCUAAAGGAAUAUGGACGGUCAAACCUAAAGUAAUUUACGUGAGUAGAGACCCUAGAGAUGUUGUCAUUUCUUAUUAUCAUCAUUAUCGUUUAUGGAAUGGCUACCGUGGUACUCUUGAAAAUUUUACAAAAGCAUUUUUGGCCGAUAGGCAUGUUUAUUCGCCAUUUUGGAAUCAUCUUUUAGGCUUUUGGAACAUGAAAGACAAAUCUCACGUUCUUUGUAACAGUUACGAAGAUAUGAAAAGAGAUUUGUCGAGCGUGAUAAAAAAAACGGCCAAAUUUUUAAAUGUUAAUAUAACAGAUGAACAAGUUGAAAUAUUAAAAAAUCAUUUGUCUUUUAAAAGUAUGAAAAACAAUGAUUUAGUUAAUUUUUUGGAUUUUGGAAAUUUGGCAAAACAAGAGACGAAAAUUGAAGAUGAUGAAUUAAUGUUUAUAAGAAAAGGAGAAUCUGGACAAUGGUUAAACACAUUCCAAAAUGACACACUCGAAAAAUUUAAAAUUUGGACAUCUGAAAAUUUAAAAGGAACACAAUAUAAAGAAUAUCCAUAUUCUGCUAAAUAA